UGUUUGACCGCUAGUUUCUCUGCGUAUUAUGACUCAUACUGUGGUACUCUAUAGGAAUGGCUGAACGAAACCAGAGGUAACUCCUUUCAGGUCUUUACGACUUCAAGAUGGCGAGCUCUAUUACCUCUGUAUCAGUGAGUAGACAGCACCCCCUUUGCUGCACAAUGGAGCGGUGUGUAUGAUGAAUUGGCAUAAAGAUGCUGCACAAUGGAGCAGUGUGUAUGAUCAAUUGGCAUAAAGAUAUAAUCAUCUGAAUUACAGUCCCAGUCAUUUGAAAAUCAACCCCCCAAAAUGUAAAAUAGCCACAUAUAUCUAUGUCACACUAACGCCACGGAAAUCAUACAGGUGAAAGACUCAGGAAAACACUACUUUUGGCACUUUUUCUGCCAUUGCAUUUUACUCACACACUGUGAUGCCUUAUUAUGCUUAAAUCAAACUGAAUGUAAAAGACAAUUAGUUAUGUUUCACUUACAGGAUUCCCUCAUGGUCAGUGGUGAAAAGGUAACAAUGACCGGACCUGACCUCUUUUCUAGUGGUGAUUAUUAUGGUUACGCUGACGGGGAUUAUAAUGAGAACAACAGUGACACGUGCUGUUCUACUGGGGAGGUGUGCAGCAUGGAGGACGGCAUGCGUUUUGACGCAGUGUUCCUACCCGUGCUCUACUCCCUGACACUGGUUCUUGGGCUGCUGGGCAACGGGCUGGUAUUUCUGGUUCUGGUCAAGAGGAGGCGGAGCUGGAGCGUGACAGACACCUUCAUCCUGCACCUGGGCGUGGCUGACACCCUGCUGCUGCUCACGUUGCCCCUCUGGGCUGCUCAGGCUGCUGGGGGUUGGCGUUUUGGGACACCCCUCUGCAAGAUCACUGGAGCCUUGUUCACAAUCAACUUUUACUGUGGUAUCUUCCUGCUGGCCUGCAUCAGUCUGGACCGCUACCUGUCCGUGGUCCACGCGGUCCAGAUGUACUCUCGCAGGAAGCCCUGGAUGGUGCAGGCCAGCUGCCUGUCCGUGUGGCUCCUCUCCCUCCUCCUUUCCAUCCCCGACUGGCACUUCCUGGAGUCUGUGAGGGACACCAGACGAGACAAAGUGGAGUGUGUCCACAACUACCCGUCCCUCUCCCAGUCUGGCUUUGACUGGCGCCUGGCCUCCCGCCUGCUCUACCACACGGUGGGCUUCCUCCUCCCCUCUGCCGUGCUACUCUUCUGCUACUCCUGCAUCCUGCUGCGGCUGCUGCGCGGCUCCCAAGGCCUCCAGAAGCAGAGGGCCGUCCGGGUCAUCCUGGUCCUAGUGCUGGUCUUCUUCCUCUGCUGGACACCCUACAACAUCACCCUCAUGGUGGAUACCCUCUACUCCAACAACACCCUGGGGGACACCUGCGAAAACCAAAAGGCCCUGGACAUAUCCCUGACGGCCACCUCCUCUCUGGGCUACAUGCACUGCAGCCUCAACCCCGUGCUCUACGCCUUUGUGGGGGUGAAGUUCCGGCGCCACCUGCUGGACAUGCUGAGGUCCCUGGGCUGCAAGCUGAAGAGUGGAGUCAGGUUGCAGACUGCCAGCCGGAGGAGCUCCAUGUGGUCUGAGUCUGGAGACACCUCCCACACCUCUACCAUCUAUUAAGGACUUAUCUCUCUAUCCCAAGAUUUCUCAAACUAGGACCCCAAGGGGUGCAUGUUUAGUUUUUUGCCCUAGCACUACACAGCUGCUACAAAUAAUCAGCUAAUCA